GGGGUCCUGACGUCCAUGGAGUCCCAGUUAUGGGGUCCUGGUCCAUGUGAGUCCAGUUUUGGGGGUCCUGGGGAUCGGUUUUGGGGGGUCCCCCAACCCCCCCCCGUCACUGCGUGUGGGCGUGGCUCCUCCAGACCCCGCCCUCCUCCCACCCGGACCCGCCCCUCUCCCGUCAGGCCCCUCCCAUCUCCCUCCUCCCCUCCCUCCCCGCCUCAGCCAAUCCGCUGCCGGCAGCCGCGCUGCCAACCAAUAGGAUCGCGCUCCUCCUUCCGCCCCGCCCCUCGUGGGCGGGGCCGCGUCUGAGGCGGCGGCGGCUCCGGUAACGGCGGCAGCGCCGGGAAAGGGGGACCGGGAGGGCCCGGGGAGGCCCCGGAACGGCCCCGGACCGACCCUCCGAGCCCCGGACCCACCCCCAGAUCCCGCGGUGAGGCCCGGCCCGGCCCGGCCCCCGGAGCACCGGCAGCGGGGGAGCCCUGGCCCGACCCCCGGAGCCCCGGAACGACCCCUCUGAGCCCCGGCCUGAUCCCCCGGAGCCCCAGACCGACCUUCCCCGAAUCCCGGACCGACCCCCGGAGCCCCGUCCCUGAUCCCGGUCCCAUCCCCUGGAGCCCGGUCCCUGAUCCUGGGUCCCUGUCCCCCAUGGCAGACCCCCGUCCCUGAUCCCCGUCCCUGAUCCCGGUCCCUGAUCCUGGGUCCCCGUCCCUGAUCCCGGUCCCCGAUCGGGGUCGCGGGUCCCGUUCCCAGCCAUGCACCCCGCGGGGCUCUGCGCGGCCUCCCUGGGCUCUCUGGGGCUGCUGCGGCUCUUGGGGGCCCCGUGGCCCUGGAGCGUGGCGGCCUCGCUGGGGCUGUGCCUGGGCGGCGGCGGGUGGCGGCUGCUGCGGCUCAUCGUGCGGACGGCGCCCCGGGACCUCUUCCUCUCCCCCCGCGCCCUAACCCCGACUCGGAGGGUAAAGCCGGGUUUCUGUGCCCUCCCCAGCGGCCUGUGGGUGCUGCUCCGGGUGAAGUUCCACCUGCGGCGGCACCAGCGCUCCCGGGCCACGAUCCCGCGGCUCUUCCAGGCCGUGGCGCGGCGGCUGCCGGACAAAGCCGCGCUCAUCUACGAGGCCACCGGCGAGCGCUGGACCUUCCGGCGGCUGGACGAGUUCUCCAACGCCGUGGGCAACCUCUUCCAGCAGCUGGGCUUCGGCUCCGGGGACGUGGUCGCCCUGUUCAUGGAGUCGCGCCCGGAGUUCGUGGCGCUCUGGCUGGGCCUGGCCAAGGCCGGCGUCGAGGCCACGCUCAUCAACUUCAACCUGCGCCGGGAGUCGCUGGUUUAUUGCGUCGCCGCCUCCGGCGCCAAGGCCCUGGUGUUCGGGGGGGAGCUGGCGGCAGCGGUCUCCGAGGUCAACGGGAUGCUGGGGAAGAACAUGGAAAAGUUCUGCUCCGGGGAAUAUAACCCGGAUCUGGUCCCUGUGGACACCAAACACCUGGAUCCGCUCCUGAAUUCCGCCCCCAGAUCCCCCCCAGCGCAGAUCCCGUCAAAAGGCCUGGAUGACCGGCUCUUCUACAUCUACACGUCAGGCACGACCGGGAUGCCCAAGGCGGCCAUCGUGGUGCACAGCAGGUAUUACCGGAUCGCCGCCUUCGGCUACUACGCCUACCGGAUGCGGCCCGAGGACGUGAUCUACGACUGCCUGCCCCUCUACCACUCGGCAGGGAACAUCAUGGGGGUGGGGCAGUGCCUGAUCCAUGGGCUCACCGUGGUCAUCAGGAAGAAGUUCUCGGCCAGUCGGUUCUGGGACGACUGUGUCAAGUAUCGCUGCACGAUCAUUCAGUAUAUCGGGGAAAUCUGCAGGUACCUCCUGAACCAGCCGGUCCGUGACUCCGAGAGCCGGCACCGCGUCCGGCUCGCGGUCGGCAACGGGCUCCGGCCCCACAUCUGGGAGGAGUUCACCCGGCGCUUCCGGGUGAAGCAGAUCGGGGAGUUCUACGGAGCCACGGAAUGCAACUGCAGCAUCGCCAACCUGGAUGGGAAGGUGGGAGCCUGCGGGUUCAACAGCCGGAUUUUGCCCAAUGUUUAUCCCAUCCGGUUGGUGAAGGUCAACGAGGACACCAUGGAGCUGAUCCGGGAUUCCCGGGGGCUCUGUGUCCCCUGUCGCCCAGGAGAGCCGGGGCUGCUGGUGGGGCAGAUCAACCAGCGGGACCCUCUGCGGCGCUUCGACGGCUACGUCAGCGAGAGCGCCACGAGCAAGAAGAUCGCCCACGACGUCCUGCGCAAGGGGGACCAGGCCUAUCUCUCAGGGGAUGUGCUGGUCAUGGACGACCUGGGAUACAUGUACUUCCGAGACCGGAGCGGGGACACGUUCCGGUGGCGCGGGGAGAACGUCUCCACCACGGAGGUGGAGGGAGCCCUGAGCCGCAUCCUCAACCAGACGGACGUGGUGGUGUACGGAGUGGGAAUUCCAGGUGUGGAGGGCAAGGCGGGCAUGGCGGCCAUCGCCGACCCCUCGUCCCGGCUGGACCCGGGGGGUUUGUACGAGCAGCUGACGCCGGUGCUGCCGCCCUACGCCCGGCCCGUCUUCCUGCGCCUGCUGCCACACCUGGACACCACAGGGACGUUCAAGCUGCAGAAGACCCGUCUCCGGGCGGAGGGUUGGGACCCCCGGCUGGUCCCCGACCGGCUCUUUGUGCUGGACCCUCAACGGGGCCGAUACGUCCCCCUGGAUCGGGGGAUGCACCAGCGGAUCUGCUCCGGGAAUGCCGGGCUGUGAGCCCCCGGAUCCCGGGAAACCCAAUGGAUCUGUGCCAGGAAUGCUGGGUUGUCACUCCCUGGAUCCCGGGAAUUCCAAUGGAUCUGUGCCAGGAAUGCCGGGCUGUGAGCCCCCGGAUCCCGGGAAACCCAAUGGAUCUGUGCCAGGAAUGCUGGGUUGUCACUCCCUGGAUCCCGGGAAUUCCAAUGGAUCUGUGCCAGGAAUGCCGGGCUGUGAGCCCCUGGAUCCCGGGAAUUCCAACGGAUCUGUGCCAGGAAUGCCAGGCUGUGACCCCCUGAUCCCGGGAAUUCCAAUGGAUCUGUGCCAGGAAUGCCAGGCUGUGACCCCCUGGAUCCCGGGAAUUCCAACGGAUCUGUGCCAGGAAUGCCGGGCUGUGAGCCCCUGGAUCCCGGGAAAUCCAAUGGAUCUGUGCCAGGAAUGCCGGGCUGUGACCCCCUGGAUCCCGGGGAUUCCAAUGGAUCUGUGCCAGGAAUGCCGGGCUGUGAGCCCCUGGAUCCCGGGAAUUCCAACGGAUCUGUGCCAGGAAUGCCAGGCUGUGACCCCCUGGAUCCCGGGAAUUCCAACGGAUCUGUGCCGUGAACACCAGCCUUCCCAGGAACUGGGGGGAAUUUCCAGGAAGAUUUUUGAGGAAAACAGCAGAAUUCCCAGGAAAACCACAACUUGGGGGGGAGUGAUGGACCUUUCCAGCUCCUCCAUCUCCCCCCAGAGCCGGUUCACCCCCCCACGGGCGCUGAUUAACAGGGCAGCGCUAAUUAGCGACUAAUUAGUGACUCAUUAACCUCCCUAGGGACUGUUUCCAUGCCGGGGGGGCCGGCAGGGACAUAUUUAUUGAGGGAGCCCCCCCGGAUUAACCGAUUUAGCCCGUUUUUAACCCGUUUGGCUGUGCCUGACCGCGAGGCCAUUAAAAACCAGUGACUGUG